AUGGCCCAGCAGGGACCUACAGCAGCUCUGGAGGACGAGCUCAGCUGUCCCAUCUGCUUUGAAUUCUUCCAGGACCCCGUGAGUCUGUGUGAGCUGCUUCUGCCGCAGCUGCCUGGAAACACCAACAUGGAUACAACAAAAGCAGUGCGAAUGCCCUGUCUGCAGGCGAAGGCAUUCCAUGGACGAUUUACAGCCCUCCAUGUCCAACAUGAAUCUGAGGAACAUAGUGGAGGCCUACCUGCAGAGAGAGGAGAAGGAGGGGAGUGAGGGGAGAGCAGUGGGUCUUGUGGUGUGUGCCACACAUAACAAGAAGCUCAGGUUUUUUUGUGAGGAGUGUGAGAAACUUGUUUGUGCUGUGUGUGUGGAGACCGAGCUGCAUGCCAAGCAUAAAUACCUGUCAGUGAAGGAGGAAGCGCAAUGGCGUAAGGUACUGUGCUAGCAGGAAUACACAUCUACUUGCAGUCUUUUCCCCUUGCUAACUGAGUUCCCUUUGGAACUCAAUAUACUGUAAACACAGAAUAGUUGAGAAACUCAUUUUAUUUCCUUCCUUUUUUCUACUGUAACCCCUCCUUAUCUCUCCACCACUAUCCCCACUCUUUUCUGUUAUCUACCUAGAGGGAACUCACUUCAUUGCUCUACAACCUUCCUGAGAAACUGGAACUGGACAUAAAACAAGCAAGAGCCUCAAGAGAGCAUGCAGCACAAUACAUCAAGGUAUGUCACUAGCUAAAUAACACAAUAUUACAAAGAUAAUCCAAAGAUAUUACACAGAUACUACAUAGGUACAUGUCUAUCUUAUUGUACUGUUCCCUCUGCCAGACCCAGGCCCAAACCACAGCAGGACAUAUCAAGAGUGAUGUUAACCUCACUAGCGACAUUAACUCCCUCUCUGAGAGAAUCUCAGACAUACAGAACAGGAUGAAAACAGAUGAUGUCUCAUUCCUGCAGGUUCAUCUCACAUAUUUUAACAACACUCUAUAUUCAUGGUACAACUGUUAGAUGUACUGAGGCAUUCUCAAACAAUGAUGUUAUUUUUUUAAAACUGAGAUCCACGUGUGUUCUUGUUUCAGAUAUACAAGGACUUGAAAGACAGGUAUGCAACAUUACAAUGAUCAUCAUAAGUCAAAUAUUUGAUCAGUCUCCAACAUUAUUGACACAAACUGUCUGUACUGUAUGUCAUUUCAGUACACUGCAGGAUCCAGAGCCUUUAUCAGGGACACUGAUAGACGUGGCCCAACACCUGGGGAACCCGAGGUUCAAGGUCUGGGAGAAAAUGCAGAAAAUGGUGCAAUACAGUGAGUACACAGAUUUUAUAAGCAACAGGCCACAUAUUUGAGGUUCAUUAUUGACUUGCUUCCAUGACGCAGCACAAUGAUCAGUUUCUAAACAUUACAGUCCAAUAUCCAGGCUCCAGUCUCUACGCACUCUUCCAUAGCCUUGAAUCCUGAGUGAAGCAACAACAAAAUGCAACUUUUCUGAGCCAAUCUGAUUCCUCACAAAAACCUGAUUAAUGUUCUGAUUUCUGACUGAUUAUUGACAAAAAGCUGACUCAAGUUCAGAUUCCUGACUGACCAGUAGUGUAAAGUACUUAAGUAAAAAUACUUUAAAGUAUAACUUAAGUCGUUUUUUUGGGGUAUCUGUACUUUACUAUUUAUAUUUUUGACAACUUUUACUUCACUACAUUCCUAAAGAAAAUAAUGUACUUUUUACUCCAUACAUUUUCCCUGACAACCAAAAGUACUCGUUACAUUUGCAAUGCUUAGCAGGACAGGAAAAUGGUCCAAUUCACACACUAAUCAAGAGCACAUCCCUGGUCAUCCCUACUGCGGACUCACUAAACACAAAUGCUGGAGUGUUGGAGUGUGCCCCUGGCUAUCCGUAAAUUAAAAGAAACAAGAAAAUUGUGCCGUCUGGUUGGCUUAAUAUAAGGAAUUUGCAAUGAUUUACAUUUUUACUUUUGAUACUUAAGUAUAUUUUAGCAAAUACAUUUACUUUUGAUACUUAAGUAUAUUUUAAACCAAAUACUUCUAGACUUUUACUGAAGUAGUAUUUUACUGGGUGACUUUCACUUUUAACAGAGCCAUUUUCUAUUAAGGUAUCUUUACUUUUACUCAAGUAUGUCAAUUGGGUACUUUUACCACCACUAUGACGGACUCAUUGACAAACUGCUCAGUCAUGUUAUGAUUGCUGAAAUACAAACUGCUGACUCAUGUUCUGAUUUCUGACCCAGUGACAAACUGCUGACUCAUGUUCUGUUCAUACAGCCAGCAAUACAUUGCACUAAUAUCCAUGUAUCUAACCCGGUGGCCAUCUAACCUGACCACUCCUUCUGUCCCAGCCCAUGUGACUCUGGAUGUGAAUUCAGCCCACGCUGAUCUACUGAUCUCUGGGGUCCUCCUGGAGGUGAGUGACAGAUGGGUGUCCCAGCCUGUGCCUGAUAACGCUCAGCUCAGUGAACGUGCUAGGCUCUGUGGGUUUCUGCUCAGGCAUUCACAGCUGGGAGGUGGAGGUGGGGCCUAAGAAGGCCUGGACUCUGGGUGUGGCUAAAGAUAAUGUAGCCCGGAAGGGCAAUGUGAUGGUCAGCACAGAGGGCGGGAUCUGGGCGAUGGGGUUGUGGAACGGGGAGCAGUAUAGUGCUGGAACUGCCCCCCUGGGUACCCCUUUGGUUCUGAAGAGGAAGCCUAAGAGGAUCAUGGUCAAGCUGGACUAUGAGAAAGGAGAGCUCUCUUUCCAUGACUCCAGUGACAUGUCACUCAUCUAUAUGUUCGAACACAGGUUCACAGAGAGACUGUUCCCCUACUUCUCUCCCUGUCUGAACUCUGAUGGCACUAACCCUGGAGUGCUGAGGAUCUGCCCUGAGAAGGUGUCUGUGACUGUGGCACCUGUUCACUAAGGAUAUAAUCUGGUGAUUCUAUUUUAUGAUCACAUACUGAAGCAUCUGUAUUGGUAAAGUCUGUCACAGUGACUCCUGUGUAUUGAUUUUGUCUGUCUAUUGUUUUGUCUAUUGAGGUGAAUAUCCUGAACUCCAGUGAUGACAGUGAUGUCUGUGAAACCAAUGUGUAUUUCGGAACUGUUAAUUAAUUUAUUGAGAGCAAGUGUCAUAAUUGAAUUCCCUACUUCUUGGUGUCAUGUUCAAUAAAAGUACAUAUUUUGUUUACUUUGAUUCCAUGCCUCAGUCUUUAAGUGAAGCAAGUCAACACCCAAACACUGGACAAGUUUGUCAGCAUUCCAGACAGCGUCAUCAGUCCCUAGCCCAGCCACCUUACGGUAGGUACACCAGCUCAGAACAAGCACACAUCUCUCCGUCAUGGCUGCCACCUGGACCCUGGAGGACGACAUGUCCUGCCCUGUGUGCUGCGAUGUUUUCACUGACCCUGUGGUGCUGGGCUGCAGCCACAGCUUCUGCAGGAGCUGCCUGGACAACUUCUGGAACACUCAGGUCAUCAAAAAGUGCCCCGUCUGCCGCCACCAUUCCCUAACCGCCACUCCACCCAGUAACCUGGCUCUGAGGAACAUCGUGGAGGCCUUUGUGAGGGAGAGGAGCCACAGUACCGCCAAGCAGGAGGAGACGAGAGAGGGGGAGAAGGAGAGCCAGGGAAGGAGGGAGUCAGGAGGGAGGAGUGGGUUGGUACAGGAUGGGGAUGAAAGGUGCAGUCUCCACGGGAAGAGGUUGUUGUUGUUCUGUGUGGAGGACCAGGAGGCUCUGUGUGCGGUGUGUCAGACCUCCAGGAGACACAGGAGCCACCAGCUCUGCCCUGUGGACGAGGCUGCUCAGGAACUCAAGGUAUGGCUAGAACUGUAUGUCAUUUCAGGGCCAGUGACUGUAUGUCACUUCGCUAGGCUGGUCUGGUAGUGUUACAGUAAUUAGUCUGUUUACUGUUUUACUGUAGUGUUCCAAUUACUGUGACUGUAAGUCAUUUAUGCUAGACAGAUGAGCCCGUGUGGCUCAGUUCGUAGAGCACGGUGCUGACAACGCCAGGGUUGUGGGUUUGAUUCCCAUGGAGGACAAGUAUGAAAAUACAUACACACACUACUGUAAGUCACUCUGGAUAAUAGCGUCUGCUAAAUUACAUAAAUGUUAUGUAAAAUUCCACCUUAUUGGGAUUAUUCAGUCCACUGAAACUAUAGUUCUGUUUGCUUAGUUUUGUUAUUUGGCAAUAUGUUGUUCUUUUUCGUUUUCUUAUCUGUGCAUUAGAUGAGCUCAUGAGUUCAGCAGGAAUGUCGGCUUUGCAGUUUCUGAGAAUCAUUCAACGCGGUUUCGUCAUGGGCAGAACAAAUAUUAUACACUACCAGUCAAAUGUUUUGGAACACCUACUAGGGUUUUUCUUUAUCAAAACUAUGAAAUGACACAUAUGGAAUCAUGUAGUAACCAAAAAAGUGUUAAACAAAUCAAAAUAUAUUUUAUAUUUGAUAUUCUUCAAAUACCCACCCUUUGCCUUGACAGCUUUGCACACUCUUGGCAUUCUUUCAACCAGCUUCAUGAGGAAGUCACCUGGAAUGCAUUUCAAUUAACAGGUGUGCCUUCUUAAAAGUUAAUAUGUGGAAUGUAUUUCCUUCUUAAUGCGUUUGAGCCAAUCAGUUGUGUUGUGACAAGGUAGGGGGGGUAUACAGAAGAUAUUCCUAUUUGGUAAAAGACCAAGUCCAUAUUAUGGCAAGAACAGCUCAAAUAGGCAAAGAGAAAUGACAGUCCACAUCAUUACUUUAAGACAUGAAGGUCAGUCAAUACGGAACAUUUCAAGAACUUUUACAGUUUCUUCAAGUGCAGUCACAGAAACCAUCAAGCGCUAUGAUGAAACUGGCUCUCAUGAGGACCACCACAGGAAAGGAAGACCCAGAGUUACCUCUGCUGCAGAGGAUAAAUUCAUUAGAGUUACAAGCCUCAGUAAUUGCAGCCCAAAUAAAUGCUUCACAGAGUUUAAGUAACAGACACAUCUCAACAUCAACUGUUCAGAGGAGACUGUGUGAAUCAGGCCUUCAUGGUCGAAUUGCUGCAAAGAAACCACUACUAAAGGUCACCAAUAAUAAGAAGAGACUUGCUUGGGCCAAGAGACACGAGCAAUGGACAUUAGACCGGUGGAAAUGUGUCCUUUGGUCUGGAGUCCAAAUAUGAGAUUUUUGGUUCCAACCACUGUGUCUUUGUGAGACGCGGUGUGGGUGAACGGAUGAUCUCCGCACGUGUAUUUCCCACCUUAAAGCAUGGAGGAGGAGGUGUUAUGGUGCUUUGCUGGUGACACUGUCUGUGAUUUAUUUAGAAUUCAAGGUACACUUAACCAGCAUGGCUACCACAGUAUUCUGCGGUGAUACACCAUCCCAUCUGGUUUGGGCUUAGUGGGACUGUCAUUUUGUUUUUCAACAGGACAUUGACCCAACACACCUCCAGGCUGUGUAAGGGCUAUCUAUUUUACCAAGAAGGAGAGUGAUGGAGUGCUGCAUCAGAUGACCUGGCUUCCACAAUCCCCCGACCUCAACCAAAUUGAGAUGGUUUGGGAUGAGUCAGACCGCAGAGUGAAGGAAAUGCAGCUAACAAGUGCUCAUCAUAUGUGAGAACUCCUUCAAGACUGUUGGAAAAGCAUUCCAGGUGAAGCUGGUUGAGAGAAUGCCAAGAGUGUGCAAAGCUGUCAUCAAGGCAAAGGGUGGAUAUUUGAAGAAUCUGAAAUAUAACAUAUUUUAAUUUGUUUAACACUUUUUGGUUACUACAUGAUUCCAUAUGUGUUAUUUCAUAGUUUUGAUGUCUUCACUAUUAUUCUACAAUGUAGAAAAUAAUUAUGUCUGUCUAAUAGCACACAGACGCCUCAAUUCCUGAAACUGUUUGUGGCCUAAACUCCUUGACUCCUCUCGUCCUAUCUCAUCACCUCCUUCUCAAAACCCAUUGGAGGAGAAGGUCAGAGUGGAGGGACCUCUGACUUUCUCAUCCAGUGGGUUUUGAGAAGGAAGUGAGGAGAGAGGACAUGAGGAGUCAAGGAAAUGCAAUUGAGAUUUCCCUCUGGUAUGUGGCCAGGAGGAAGUGAAAGCAUAUAUCAUCCCUCUGAGGAGGAAGUUGGAGACAUUCCAAAAGUUAAAGGAGGAAUGCAUCAAAACAGCAGAACACAUCAAGGUAAGUACCAUGGAACAAACAAUUAUAAGGAGAAAUAAAGUUUACUUUAUUGUCAACAAUUUGGCCUCCUAGCCUUUUUUAACAGUUUUGCGCCAUGAAACCAUUUCCAUAUUAUAUCAGACAGCAUGAGAGCUCACCCACUGACCCUUUGACCUGUCGACCCCUAGAGCCAGGCCAAGCAAACAGAAAGGAAGAUAAGAGAUGAAUUUGAGGAGCUGCAUCACUUUCUGAAUCUGGAGGAAGUUGUUCGGCUGUCUGCCCUCUCUGAGGAGGUGGAGAUGAAGACAGUUAUAAUGGCAGAGAAGAUUGAACACCUGGCCAAGAAGAUGACCUCCCUGACCAGCAACAUCAGAGAGAUAGAACAGGAUAUAGAGGCCAACGAUCUUCCAUUUGUCCAGGUCAGAGACACUUACUUUUAGCAUACACAUUCUAAAAUACAUUUGAUUUCCUAAUUUGGUCAUUUUAUCUCACACUAUGUUCUUUCCCCAGGCUUACAAGAACAACAAAGCAAGGUACAGUACUACUUUUUCAAACACAUUCUGCCUGCUUUUAGGUUAUAGUCCUUCACUACAACAGCCACUCUAUCUGUAUUUUUGCUUCAGGGCCAACUGUACAUUGCAGGAUCCAGAACCUGUAUUAGGGGCAUUGAUAGACGUGGCCCAACACCUGGGCAACCUGAGGUUCAAGAUCUGGGAGAAUAUGCAGGAGAAGGUGCAAUACAGUGAGUACUAGACCAGAGCAAAUUAAUGGUUAUCAGAUCACUAGAUGCUCAGAGAACCAUACUUUAAAAUAUAAAUUGUUAUAUAGCGUUGUAGUCAUACCUGUUUGUGUUUCCCCCCAGCCCCAGUGACUCUGGACCCCAACACUGCGGCCCCAUGGCUCUCUCUCUCAGACGACCUGACCAGUGUGUGCGUCAGUGGAGAGAAGCCUCACGUCCCCAACAACCCAGAGCGCUGUGACACAUGUGUUUGCGUGCUGGGGGCCGACCCCUUCAGCUCCGGCAGUCACUGUUGGGAGGUGGAGGUGGCGGGCAAGACCAGAUGGGACCUGGGGGUCCUAAGACAGAGUGUGCGUAGGAAGGGGGUCCUGAGUGUGAACCCUGCCCAUGGGUUCUGGGCACUGUCCCUGAGGGACGGCGGCCAGUACAGCGCCUGCACCAUGCCCUGGACCCGUCUCACACUGAAGAGGAGGCCCAGGAGGGUCAGAGUGUGUCUGGAUUAUGACGCGGGAGAGGUGACUUUCUAUGACCCCACUGACAUGUCACUCAUCUAUACAUUCAAGGACAAGUUUAAAGAGCCAUUGUUGCCCUACUUCUGUCCCUGUGUGAGUGACAGCGGCCGCAACGCUGAGCCACUAAAGAUAUGCCCUGCCAAAGUGUCAUUGGUUCAUGAUGUUGGUGAUAAGGUUUUGUAGAUUACAAUAUGUAUUUUUUAGACGAGACAUUGCUAAUGCAUCCAAAUGUCUCACAAUCUAUUAUUAACACAAUGGAUGUAUAUUUUCUAUGUAUAUAUGGAUGUUUUUUAUAUAUAUAUGUGAAUGGAACAAUUCUUAUCCUAUAUAAUAUCAUAUGUAAUAUGUUCUUGAUUUGUGUCAAAUGAUAACAGAAAUUAAACAGAAAAGGUGAUCAUUACUCAGCAUUUGUGUUAAUAUUCUGUAAGACUGGUUCUAAAUGCUUAUGAAUUAUUGUGCUUAUAAAUGCUUAUAAAUGUGUCAACAUUUUACAAUUAAAAACAUAUAUGUUUAUGAAUAGCAUGAUUUAUUCAUGAUUUAUUAAUAGUUUAUUCAUG